AUGAGAUUUGGUCGUAUCUCGAGGACAACGAGUUUCACUUUCAUUGUAACACACGGAAAUAUUUCCUUUAACGAUAUCUAGCGGAUUAUGUGCGUACAGAAACAGUACAACAUGGCUUCCAAUCAAGACAUUCCAGAAGAAGCCGAUGGAAUUCACAACAAAAUGGUGUAUUAUCUUGGUGAACAAAUUAAUGAUGACCACCUAUGCAAACUUAAGGGCCUGUUUAAAAAUAUCCCACUUACCCCUGUCGACAUUGAUCAAAUCCAUGAUAUAUCUGGCUUAUUUAACCGUCUUAUGGAAAAAGAGGUGAUAGGUAUUGGGAACUAUACAAAACUUAUAUCAAACCUUCAGCCGAUCAAUCCAAAGCUGGCAACUUAUGUGAAGCAAAAAGAAAAAGAAAUCAUCAAUGUAGAUGAGUGGAAGCUUCUAAAUCCCAUGAUCAGGAUACCAUUAUUGAAGAUGGCUGAAGGUUGUGACUUAGCUGAGUCAUGUAACUCAAAGUUAUUUGUAGAGAGGAAGGAGCCUAUGGACUGGCUGAAUAAGAUGUACAAUGAGAGACAACGUACGGCAAACCUACCCGAGAAUCAUCAGUACAGAAUAUACGGUAUACACGGGAAAAAAGGGAUAGGUAAGUCUUGCGUAAUGCUGCAGUUUUUGCAUCGAAUUCAACAUGAAACUUCAAGAAAUGAAACAGUGCAUGUUGGAUCGUUUGACUUUGACAAAGUCAGAAGUUUCCAAAGCUUUUUAAAUAGACUUUGUACUUUUUUCGGUGUUGAAAUGCAUAAAUGGAAAAAAGAAUCAGGCAAUAACAAUGAUGACGAUGAGGAGGAGGAGGAAGACUUUAUGGAUUGCAUGAGUCAGAUUGAGAGAAAAAUGACGGAUAACCCUAGCAACAAGUUUAUUGUGUUUCUUGACAACAUGGAAUGUGCCUGUGGCAAGGCUAAAACUGACGGGACGGCACCUGACAUGUCUAAUGUAUUUCUCUGGGACAAGAUCUAUAAAGAAUUCAUCCACAAUCUUCUACCAAAGUGUCACAAUUUAUUGGUGUUCAUAACGUCCACACAGACGGCUAGGUUUGCGGAGUUCGGCAGCAUUGCCUGUAAAAAGGACUUGAAGGAAAUGACUGAAGAAGAAGCAGAAUGUCUGCUACGGAACCAAGUUCCAAGGGUCAUAACAGAAAAAGGAAGUUUGUCCUCAAUUGUUCGCUUGUGUGAUGGUCUGCCACCAACUAUCAUAAAAGCAGGUGCCAUGCUUUGUGAUGAAGAUUACAAACAUGAAGAAAUAGCUAAUCUAUUGAAAGACUUUAAUAACAAGAUGGAUUUACAUGGUGAUGAUCUGUUUCCCAAAGAUGAUCGCUAUGAUGAGCAACUGAAGAAAUUCAUAAACCGCCUUUCUGAUCAAAACAAGAGCAACCUGAAGUCUCUCGCUGAGAUGAUCAAUACACAAGGACAAGUUGGAAUUGAAGAUGCUGCUUCAAAACUUCAAUUUGAGAGUAACACUGCCGAGUUUAAGCUAAAAAUCCUCUUUCCACUGUGGUUCAGAGGGAUGGUUGAGGUUGACACGAAAACUAGAAAAAUCAGCAUGAAUACGUUUAUUUGUCAGUUUGUCCUGAGCUAUGAUAUCAAAGGAAAUGUAGGAAAAGAGGAUGUUGUAAGACCACCCUGUGGAUAUUCCCCAACAAGUGGUGGACGGAUUAGUCCACAUGGACAUAGCACAAACCCUUCAGAUGACCAUGCCAAUGAGACUCUUGUGAAACUUCCACCAUUGGGAAAGGACCUUGCAAUUUGCAUAGCACCAUCAACGGAAAAGCGAACUGUUCUGUCAGUACAUCAUGAAACCAGCUCAACACCCAAUGGUUCUAGUAAUACUGAAAAACACUCGCAGCUUACUGAUGACGUUGAAGCAGCUCUGGAUCAGGAGGGAACUGGGAUAUUUGACUCUGUUUUGCGGGUUUGCAGAGAAACAUUCCAAAUAUUUAAGGAAAUAGAGAGCUAACAUUAUCUUACUAAACAUAUUGUGUACAAAUAUGGCAGCUCGUUCUUACUGAUCACAUGCUUAACGUAUAAGAUGUACCAGUAUUGUAUGUCCAAGUAUAUUGGAAAAGUAGGACAAUGUUUCUCUCUACUUAUUGUUUUAUACGAAAUCAUAAUAGAUAUUUGGAACGUAGGGAUUGGUUGUGUUAUUUUAGCCAAAUUGUUUUGAUAAUCUAAUAUCAAUAGCCGUGUGCACACUAGUGGUUAUAUGAAUGAUUACAGGUCACAAGUUGACUAUCACUCUCAAUGGUGAGGUGGUGUGUCUCCAGACAACAUGAAGCUAUGUACUCAGCCCCGGUUGUCUCUUUACGGAGUUACGAAACCGCAGCUAUGUUGUAAGUAAAUGUAUUCCACGGCCAUCAGUGGUUUAAAUCACUGAGAAUGUAUAAGUUGUCAGUAAUGUUUUCCACAGCCAUUAGUGGUUUAAAUCACUGAGAAUGUAUAUGUUGUCAUUAAAUGUAUUCCACAGCCAUAAAGGGUUUAAAUCACUCAUAAUGUAUAUGUUGUCAUUAAAUGUAU